AUGCAGAGAGCUGGAGGCGGGGGUGCCCCCGGGGGCAGCGGCGGGGGCAGUGGUGGGGGCCCGGGCACUGCCUUCUCCAUCGACUCCCUGAUCGGGCCGCCGCCGCCUCGCUCCGGCCACUUGCUCUACACCGGCUAUCCCAUGUUCAUGCCCUAUCGGCCGCUAGUGCUGCCGCAGGCGCUGGCCCCUGCACCGCUGCCGGCUGGCCUCCCGCCUCUCGCCCCACUAGCCUCCUUUGCCGGCCGCCUUACCAACACCUUCUGCGCGGGACUGGGCCAGGCCGUGCCCUCGAUGGUGGCGCUGACCACGGCGCUGCCCAGCUUCGCGGAGCCGCCCGACGCCUUCUACGGGCCCCAGGAGCUCGCCGCCGCCGCCGCCGCCGCCACUGCCGCCCGAAACAACCCCGAGCCGGGCGGCCGACGCCCGGAGGGCGGGCUGGAAGCCAACGAGCUGCUGCCCGCCCGGGACAAAGUGGCAGAGCCCCCACCGCCCCCGCCUCCGCACUUCUCAGAGACUUUCCCAAGUCUGCCGGCAGAGGGGAAGGUGUACAGCUCGGACGAGGAGAAGCUGGAGGCACCAGCGGGGGACCCAGCGGGCAGCGAACAGGAGGAAGAGGGCUCAGGCGGUGACAGCGAAGAGGACGGUUUCCUGGACAGUUCCGCGGGCGGCCCCGGGGCUCUCCUGGGACCUAAACCGAAGCUCAAGGGAAGCCUGGGGACUGGAGCGGAGGAGGGGGCGCCGGUGGCGGCGGGAGUCACAGCUCCUGGGGGCAAGAGCCGACGGCGCCGCACCGCAUUCACCAGUGAGCAGCUUUUGGAGUUGGAGAAGGAGUUUCAUUGCAAGAAAUACCUGAGCUUGACAGAGCGUUCCCAGAUCGCCCACGCCCUCAAGCUCAGUGAGGUGCAGGUCAAGAUCUGGUUUCAGAAUCGGCGCGCCAAGUGGAAGCGCAUCAAAGCCGGCAAUGUGAGCAGCCGUUCUGGGGAGCCCGUAAGAAACCCCAAGAUUGUGGUACCCAUACCGGUGCACGUCAACAGGUUUGCCGUACGGAGCCAGCACCAACAAAUGGAACAGGGGGCCCGGCCCUGAAGGGGCUCCCAAGGAUUCUGGAAGCGAGGAAUCUGUUCCCGGGCCUGCUCUGAGACUGGGUCAGGGUUCUGCGGACCAGAGGGGCUACCACUGUGAUCCCGCCCUGGGAGGGGGCUCAGGUGGCAACUAACUUUAGUGCCGGGUGUGCUCUCCUGGCAAGCUGGGACGCGGGCACUGGGCCCUGCACCUGUUCCAGAGACCCUCAGACUGGGGGCUUGGGUUCUCAGUGCUGAGGAGCUGUGGGGAUUGAGGUGG